GUGUGCAGUGAGGACUAUUCCAUGUAAAUGUGACAAGGUCAAGAUUCUCUAAUGUCAAUGCACAGUUUGUUUCCCAGGAUUGGUGAAUCAGAACCAGGUUUAAGACGAGAAGGGGGAGGUUGAAUAGAAACUUGAGGAGCAAUUUCUUGAUGCAGAGGAUGGUCCCUGUAUGAAACGAACUACCAGAGGAGGUGGCUGUGGCGGCUACAUUUAAACUGCAUUUGCACAGAUACGUGGAUGGGAAGGGUUUAAUGGAUGCGAAUCCGAUCGGUUUGGCUCGGGUAGGCGUCUCAGCAACUCUCCUGGCACCCCUCCUGGUGUAUGUCCUAGCCUCAUUAGUACCCCCAAACGCCAUUGAACUCCGUCUAUCAUUUCUCAGCCCAUUUCGCCAGCACAUCGAUAUCACUCUGCCUACCCUCCGCACUGCCAACAUCUGCACCAAUCUGGGUCAUCGGUGAACUGCCAUCCUGCCUGCUGUGUCCACAGCAAAUCAUUCACCUACGCUGUACACUGAAAGGUUAGCUGGGCAGUGGAUGGAACUCUCGGCCCGUGGUGUGCUGAACCGUGUACAUAAAGCUAAGCUCAGUCCGUCCACAAUGCUGACGUGUGUUUCAGUGCACCACGCCAUUCUGUGAGGCAAACAAGCUGGAACUCGACAAGUGCGGCGGCACCCGUGGACAGGGAAACCGGUUAGUAAAGGUCGGAGACCUUUGCCCAGAACGGAGGGCGCAGCGACCUGCCGGCAUUCUCAGCCGCUACAUUAAAGAGGAAGGUUGUUGGAUUCUGGUGAUUUUGCGAUCUGGAGUUUCCAAGUCAAGAAUGAGGCAUAACGCUCGUUGCUUACGGCCAAUUUAUUGAGUGUAAAGAACGAAAAAAAGAGCAAAGACAAACAAUCCUGAGAGAAGAUGGUGCAGAAAUACCAGUCCCCCGUGCGGGUCUACAAGUACACGUUUGAAAUGGUGAUGGCAGCUUAUGAGAAGAGAUUCCCGACGUGCCCGCUGAUCCCGGUUUUCCUGGGAAGUGAGAAACUCAGUGAGUACAAGAAUGAGGAUGGCUCGCUGCAGAUUGUGGAGCGAAGCUGCAAGCUGAACGUGGAGGCCCCUCGGCUGCUGAAGAAGAUCGCAGGAGUGGAGCACGUCUACUUUAUCCAGAAGAACACACUCAACUGGAAGGAGCGAACACUGCUGAUUGAGGCUCACAAUGAGACGUUCGCCAACCGGGUCCUGGUCAAUGAGGUCUGCAGUUACAGCGUUCACCCAGACAAUGAGGAUUGGACCUGCUUUGAACAGUCUGCAUCGCUGGACAUUAAGUCGUUCUUUGGCUUUGAGAGCACAGUGGAGAAGAUUGCAAUGAGACAAUACACAGCCAAUGUCAAGAGGGGUAAAGAGGUUAUCGAGCACUACCUAAUGGAACUGACAGCACAGGGAACUCGACACAUCCCUCGCUGGACUCCUCCUGUGUCGGCCCCUGCCGCUGACGUGGUGCCAGUGUCCAGUCAUCCUGCACCAGUGUCCUUGACACCUCUCGGAACGGAGCCACCGGACACAGAGGUGGAUGGCACACCCGGGGAGGCAGCGGGCAGCCUGUGUGAACCCACAGCGUCUGAUGCUGACAAGCUUGAUACCGACUACAUUGAGCGUUACCUGGGCCGUCUGUCUCCGAUGCAAGAGAGCUGCCUGAUCCAACUGCGCCAGUGGCUGCAAGAGACACACAAAGGCAAGAUUCCCAAGGAUCAGCACAUUCUGCGUUUCCUGAGGUCACGGGACUUUAACCUGGAGAGGACGCAUGAGAUCCUGUGUCAGUCCCUCACGUGGCGUAAGCAAAACCAGGUGGACCACAUCCUUGAGAUAUGGCGGCCUCCCCCAGUCCUGCAGGACUACUAUGCAGGGGGGUGGCACUAUCACGACCGAGACGGCCGGCCGCUCUACAUCCUGCGUCUGGGACAGAUGGACACCAAGGGGCUACUGAAAGCUCUCGGGGAGGAGGCCAUUCUGCGGCACGUGCUGUCCAUCAACGAGGACGGCCAGCGGAGGUGUGAGGACAACACCAGAGUCUUCGGGCGUCCCAUCACUUCCUGGACGUGUCUGGUGGACAUGGAGGGGUUGAACAUGAGGCACCUAUGGCGGCCGGGAGUGAAAACGCUGCUCAGGAUCAUCGAGGUGGUGGAGGCAAAUUACCCCGAGACCCUCGGGCGUUUGCUCAUCCUCCGAGCCCCCCGAGUCUUCCCUGUGCUGUGGACAUUGGUCAGUCCAUUCAUCAACGAAAACACCCGGCAGAAGUUCCUAGUCUACAGCGGCAGCAACUUUCAGGGCGCUGGAGGUCUCCUCGAUUACAUCGAGAGGGAUCUCCUUCCCGACUUCCUGGGUGGGGACUGCCUGUGCAAUAUCCCAGAGGGAGGAAUGGUCCCCAAAUCCUUAUACCAGUCCGAGGAAACGCUGGAUAACACGGAUCACAUCCGACUCUGUACAGAAACCAUUUACCAGUCUGCCAACAUUUUCAAAGGAGCUCCACACGAGAAGGUGAUUGAGAUUCUCGAACCCGCAUCAGUCAUCACCUGGGACUUCGACAUACUGAAGGGUGACGUGGUGUUCAACAUCUUCCAUUCCAAGCGACCGUUGAUGGCCCAUUGCCGGGACGCGGCUGGCCCAAUCAGUGCCUUUGCUGUGGGCAACAACGUGCAGCUGAUGGACAGGAGCUGGGUGCUGGGGAAGGACUACAGCUCCGUGGAGUCACCGCUCAUCUGCCGCGAGGGAGAGAGCGUCCAGGGCUCACAUGUGACCCGCUGGCCUGGCUCCUACAUCCUACAGUGGAAGAUGUUGACACCAAGCCCGUGCAGCUCCAACCUUCCUCGUGUUGACGACGUCUUAGCCAGCCUGCAGGUUUCCUCCUACAAGUGUAAAAUUAUGUUCUACACGGAAGUAUUGGCAUCAGAGGACUUCAGGGGCUCCAUGUCCAGUCUUGAGUCCUGUCAUAGCGGCUUCUCGCAGCUCAGUGCCGCCACUACCUCGUCCAGCCAGUCGCACAGCAGCUCCCUCAUCUCCAGGUAGGGGCCCUGCUGACGGCGACAUGAGGAAAGCUAACUACCUCAGGGUCAGGUACAGUGGUGGCUCCAACACGCUCCACGCCAGUCCAACCCUCACACUCGUGUGUUUACAAUGGUUGGGGACAGGACAUCUAGUGACUUUGGCCUCUCCAGUCGUCUACGUCACACUCCUGGCAGAAUGGGCACCGUGGACUGAUUUCAGCACACCCUUCCCCUGCUCAGGUGUUGUCUGUCCACACCAAGGCACUUCCCAACUCACCCACUCGUCCGGGACAGACUGUUCCCGUACACUUAACAUGGAAUACCCAGGGGCAAAAUGCUGGAGGAGCUCAGCAGGUCAGGCAGCAUCUAUGGAAAGGAAU